AUGUGUCCUCUGCUGCUGCGGAUGCGUAUUGACGUGUAAUUAGCCAGGCCCGUGUACAGCCGACCAAUCACGUGGCGGAGGAGAGGCUGUGUCGGGACCGGCUGGCAGACAACACCGGGGACAGAGCUCCGGUCGCAGCCCAACCCUUCGGCGGUGUCAACACUGACAGCGACUGGACCAGGUCCUGACUUCACCAUCCCGUCUGUUUAGAGCAAGAUGGCUGACGGGGAGCUGGUGAAGAAGAUGCUGCGGGCCAUCCUCCAGGCCAACAAGGGCGGAGUAUCACUGUCACGUCUGCAGUCAGAGUACAAGGAGCUGUCUGGGGAACAGAUACCACAUAAACAAAUGGGACACAACCACCUGGACGCACUACUAGCCAGCAUGCCCUCUGUAAUCCGCAUGGAGCGCAACCGCUCUGGAGAGAUGGUCUAUUUUGCCUCAGGAGCCAAUGAGACAGCUAAUAUAGCCAAGGUGGUGGCUCGCCAGCGCAGCUCCAAGAAGACUGGUCGACCUCACCUGGUCAAUACCCAAAUGAGGGUCAAACCAGCAGCACCACUUGUCCUCAAUGCAAAACCUCAAACCUCUCUGAGGCAACCAAACCACCGUGGGCGAGGUGGGGGUAGAGGAGGAGGCGGCGGCCGAGGGACAGGACAUGGUGACUUCAGACAGGCCAGGGACAUGAGGGAUGGCCAGUCAGAGAGCAAGACUGGGGUGCAUCCAAACAAGAUGUCCAAUCAGAAUACACCCAACAGGAAAGGGAACCCACCUGCAGAGAAGUCAGACAAGAGGAUGACCCUUCCAUCACGGUUUCAUAAGGAGGUACACGCUCACCUUUCCAGAAACUCCCAACAGACUGGACCUCAUUUGGACCUAAAGAGAAGUUCCAGUCCAUGCAAAGGCAAGAGGAAGACUAUCUUGUGUUCACCCUUGAAUCUGAAUGAGAGCCAUGGCUCGGGGAAAGGAAAGCCCUACAACCCUCAGCAGGUCCAGGGUCGCAUCAGGGAGAUCCUGGGAAAGUACAGCAAUGGGUUCUGGGUAUCAAAGCUCCCUCAGAUCUACAGAGAGCUGUACAAACAGGACCUGCCAACUGAGGCCAUAAAAGACCUAGAAACCUGGACACACAUAUGCACUGUAGAGAAAACGUGCAGCAGCAACCCAUCAGAGCUGCUUCUCUACCCUGCCAAGGAACAGACCACCCCAUCCUCCCCUUCACCCAUUCUUACCCCAAACUCUACCACUGUCCCUGCCCCAACUUCAAAUACCUCCACAGAUAAACCCUUGCAUUCCCCUGCCCAACAGAGACCUCCCGCUGCCCAUCUGACUCGCUCUGGCUCUCGCUCUCCACGGUCCCCGCCGUCGUCCUCCUCGUCCCCCAGCCCUCCUUCGUCCCCUGCCACCCUCACCCCUGACCUGAAGCUGAAACUAGAAGAGCUGCUGGUGAAGUACUCCAAUGGCCUGUGGGCACACGCACUGCCCAAGCUCUUCCAGGACACUUACAAAACCAAACUGCCCGGACAUGUCCUGGAGAACCUUCAUCUCCUCUCUGACAUCUGCACAAUCGACUACCCGAUGCCUGACAAUCCCAAGAGGGCCAUUUUGUACAAGAGGAGCAGCACUGGAGGUGGAGGAGGAGAGGAUGAGAACUGCAAUAGGAGAAACUCUUCAACCAGUGAGGAGGAGCUGAGGGUGAGGCAGGAGCUGGGGAGGAGGCUCAGUAACCAUGCGGUGCCUUCUCUGCAGAUCCCCAAAGAGGAGUACCCCUCUGUGCUGGUGGUGGAGGCCACCAACACCAAUGGUGUCAUACUCAGGUACAUUGGUGAGGGUUAUUCCCAGGCCCAGGAGUCCAUGGAGGAUGAAAUGAGGGAGUUUUACGGCCUGGACCAAAGCAGUCCAACUCCUUUGUCAUCACCAUCCUCGGGGCAACUUGUUGCUGUCAGAGCCGAGGAGGAAGAAGAGAUUCUGAGAGCACAAGUCUGUGAGGUCAUGGCCGAAAAGGUCAAGGUGUACUAUGUGGAUCAUGGCUUCUCAGAGGUGAUCAGCAAAACUAAAGUUUUUGAGCUGCAUGAGAAGUUUUUCAAACUGCCUUUCCAGGCAACCAAGUGUAAACUAGCAGGUCUGGAGCCAUUCUGUCAGGAGCCUGCAGUGCUGAAGAAGUUUGAGACAAUGGCAAGUGGUAGGAUCCUUUUGGCUGAGAUCCUAGAGAGAGGACAGACCCCUCUUGUCGUCCUGUACGACACAUCACAGGAUGAUGAUGUCAACAUCAACGCUGCCUGCAUGAAAGCUUUGCAGGACAAGACAUUAGCAAGCCCCUUACAGGUGAACAGCGCUUAUAUGAACGUGACUGUCAGCAGUGUCUGCUCAGAUGGGACCAUCUACUGUCAGCUGCCCUCCAGAGGCCUCGCCAAGCUGAAUGAGAUACUGGAGAAUAUAGAGACGUACUUCCACUCACAGGUAACAUCAGAGUUCCUGGUAUCCAGACCCUUUUGUGGGAAAGGAUGUCUGGCUCGCUACAAAGGCAAAUGGUCCCGUGUAGAGAUCACCAACCUGCAUGGCAGCAGAGUUUUGGACAUCCUGUUUAUCGACGUGGGUGUCCAGGCAUCUGUAGAGGUGAUUGAGCUGCGAGAGAUUCCACCACUGUUCCUCCGUGACCUUAUAGCUAUCCCACCACAGGCUGUCAAGUGCUGUCUAGCAGACCUGGCUGUCAGUGUUGGAUCCUGGACUCCAGAUGCUGUCCAGUGGCUUCGAGAGAAAGUGCUCAACAUCACUGACUGCAGCAUGAAGGUUGCCAAGGUGGAUGAAACCAAGCGCUGCAUCUACGUUCACCUGUUCACCGAUAAGAACUUCCACGACCCGGCUCGCAGCCUCAACCAUCAGAUGGCCCAGUCUGACCUGUUCAAACAGCAACCAGAUGUUUUCCUGACGAGCCACAGCCCUGCUAAGAUCUCCACACCUACUUCAUCCUCCAAGACCUCCACUACCAGUGACUCCACUAAUGGCAAUUCAACAUCAACUUCUGUCCCAGCCAAGCCUCAUCUCAGAAGGGCGCUGUCAGGACCCAAAGGAGGUGGAGGAGGAAACACAACCUCCAUCACCACCCCACCAGAGACACCGUCAUCCCCCACACACUCUCUCCAGCUGCCAUCACUAUUAGAGCUGCCCCCAGCAGGAAACAACAUGGAUGUGUAUGUAUCAGUGGCGUGCCAUCCAGGCCACUUUGUGCUGCAGCCCUGGAGAGAUAUGUACAAACUGGUGGUGUUGAUGGGAGAAAUGAUUCUGUACUACAAUAAAACUGAGGAGAAACCACUAAACAUAGAGAAGAAUCAGAUAUAUGCUGCUAAAGUGGAAAACAACUGGCAUCGUGUGUUAGUGAAGGGAGUAUUGACCAAUGGGUUGGUGUCUGUCUAUGAGUUGGACUAUGGUAAACAUGAGCUGGUCAGCUGCACCCAGCUCAGACCUUUGAUCAAGGAGUUCAGACAGCUGCCGUUCCAGGGAAUCACUGCUCAGCUGGCUGGAGUGAAGCCCAGGCAGUGGUCAGAGGAAGCCUCCAUUGUUUUCAGGAAUCACGUGGAGAAGAAACCACUCGUGGCCCAGCUGGAGGCCAUACAGGAAGCCACUAACCCGUGGGACAGAAAGCUGACGGUCUUCCUGGUCGACACUUCACAGGAAGAGAGGGACAUCUGGGUGCAUGACAUCAUGGCUGAGUUUGCUGAUGAGCUUACCAAUGAGCUGUAGACAAAAGAUUGUCAACAAGUCUUUCUAGUAAAGCAGUUGUCCUCCUUCUCAAUGAAGACACCAUGAGUUGUGGAUAGAUGAAAUAGGAGAAGCUUAUUCAUCUUUAUCGACGGUAUCUACCAUUUAGGGGGACUGAGAGAGGAAGGAAGGAAAGAAGAAAGGAAAAAAUGACAGAGAAGUUAGAGAAGUUUUGAAAAGAAGGGAAACUGAGAGGUUCAAUGGUAUGUGGAGGCUGGCAUUGACAGAAAGAUGAGUAGGCAUAAUAGCCACUUGUUUGUUGUGUUAGGGGCUGUACAAUGAAGGAUGUUGUGAUGUGAUUUGAGUGACUGCAGUGUGACCAUUGGAUAAUACACCCAUGCAUGAUGUCAUGGUUAAAUCCAAACUUGCUACAAACACAUUUACAGUACAAAACCUGUUAAAUGUAUCCAUAAUAGUCUCGCAAAGCUGCUGAAAUGAUACAACAUGCAUUAUUAUACCAUUUGGUAUGGGCUUUAAUCCAAAGCAGCGUACUAAAGUAGCCUUUCCAUGAGCUCAUCCAGUUGUAGUGUGUGUCAUACUGGGGACGCCUGAAUACCCUCAACCCUGCCAAUGUGAGCACCGUGCAAAGGGCGCAAAAUGUUCAAAUUAACUCAGCAAGUUUUCACAUGCUAGGAAAUCUUAUAUGCAUUUGUUUACCAAAUCUGCUUUUUGAAUGGUAUUUGUGAUUGUCAUAAAGUUUACAAAAGUAAGAGCAAACAUUCCCCUAAGAGGAGCAGAAAUGAACACGUCAGAGAGUUUUAGGAGACGGACAUAGAGAGACCAGGAGGUAGUUAAGUCAGAGUCUUUGGACAAAAGUUAUAUUUUGUGAUGAAUUUAUUUAAACUCAAAGACAGCGUGAAAAAAUUACCGUCUUGGCAAUCAACAGGAAGUGUUUUAAAUGUCGUGAUAAACAGGUUUUGUUUGCAGUUGCCCCCUUUUUAGCACAUGCAUGCUAAGACCCAAACUGCUGUACCCCCUAGACAAACAAGACAGAAGUUAGUAGGCUUUGCUGAGGGGUGAUAUACUUAAUAUCAGAUAUAUUUUUUGUGUUGUUGUUUUUUUUUUUUUUUUUUUAAUUCUGACAUCAGUUAUCUUCAGUGGUACAUCCUUGCCCUACAUAUACUGUAGAUGAGCAGUGGUUUGGGAAUUGAAAGUAGACUAAAGGCUGGCAAACCAUCAAAGUUACAUUGUGACUGCUUGUAAACAAGAUAAAUGUGACUUUUACAAUUUUAUUUUUUGAGGAAAAAAGGCCCACUAACAACAGUAAAAUGCAUGUGUUAAAACCCAGGUCCUGACUCCUGUGAUGGCAGUGUCUCAUCUAUCUCCUCUCCACCUGUGAAACACUGACCCCAGUGAGACUUUAUGCUUUUUAGGGGGUUGUGGAUCUUUCAGCAGAUUUCAUGUUGCUGCAUGUUGCAGAUCUUUCUGAGUUGUGUGCACAUAUAGUUUGAUGUUAUAAUAAUAAACUGAUUAAGUUACCAGUAGUGUUAAGCUAGUAGAUUUUCAAAUAGAAGAUAAUUUGAUAUUCAGCUUAUGGUUGGUUCUAGUACCACCAUCCAAUGUUGGCCUGAUGUGGGAUUUUAUUCUGAAAUGUGACUUUUUUCUGACACACCCACACCAUGUUUUUGGAUGUGCUUCUCCAACUCUAAAGACAGGAAACCUGACAAAGCUCAAAGCUGCAUUGUUGUUAACAAUUGACAAGUGACAUUAAUUUAAUUUAUAUUUAACUUAUAUUCUCUAGAUGAUAAUCAUUUCUUUAUCAUUUCCAUUUUGUCAAACAGUAACCAAGAGGUAAUAAAAGAAAUGUUUUUGGAAUAAAGUCUGUAUGAGAGGUUUAAA